AUGAGUUUACCUGGAUGGUGUCCGCCGUAUAAACCACAUAAGAAGGAUCAAGUGACUGGCGAGGAUGUUUACUGCAUUUGUAAAAAGCCCGAUGGUGGAGAACUGAUGGUUCUCUGUGAUGGAUGCGAGGACUGGUUCCAUUUCACUUGCGUCAAGAUACCAAUAGCUUAUAAAGACCUUGUAUUUUCAUUCUAUUGUCCGUAUUGUCAGGCAGGGAUCACAAAUCAAGUUCAAUGUGGAGUUUGCCUUCCAAAGACAAUUUGGAAACGGAAGUGUAGGUUAUUAAACUGUUACAAGGAAUGUCUCAAGAAUAGUAAAUACUGUUGUAGUGAGCAUGGUGAGACGUAUAUGAAAGAACUGCUGAAUAGAUUUGGAGACUCAGAAAGUGAAUCAGCAGCUAUCUUGAAGCAAAUGCUAAAGACUGCUAACUUUGAAAGUUUAGGCUUGAAAGGUAUGCCGGUAGCGAAGCGAGAAAUGAACCCACAGCUGUACGAUCAGUUAAUUGAAGGCGAUAAACGACUGGAUGAUCUACAAAAACAACUGGUUAUGUUGCAUGAUGAAAAGAUGCCUUCUAUUAAGGCAAUGAUGGAUUCUCUAAACAAGUACCAGGUGUGGCUGAAGGAUGUGGACAAGCUGUUAUUUCAAGAUAAACGGGAGGAAAGCCCAUACGACUUAGCAGCUUCUAAGAAAAAGGGUAGGGGGAGCAAAUCUAAAAAGAUAAAGACCAAAUCCCUCUGUGGUUACAGCCAAACUCAUGUGAUACCAUGUUCAGCUGAGGAAUUCGUAUCCCAAUAUACGGAAGAGUCUGUAGCCCUGCAUUCAAUAUGCUGCAAAUUACGUUGCAUAAAGCAUCAAGAUUGGGCGGAUAUCCAGCGAAAUGCUUGGGAAUUUGAGAUUGAGUGCCUAGAAAAUUCAGAACAGAGAAUACAGUUAUUGAUCAACAUUCGAAAGGAACAGCUAGCCAUCCAGUUCUACGAGUCACUUAGUUGA